CUAUGCGCGCCCAGAGUUCCUGAACGACAUCGCAAGCGACACUCCGCUGCCCAUGAUUGUGGAUGCAGAGUGUGGGAUGCCAUUAGAUUUGGGCAAGUGGGAAUGUUUGUGGGAGCAGAAUGCAGACGAUUCAGAACUGAACCCUGACCCGAUGAACUUACCUACUCUGGAUCCAAAAGACCAACUGCUCCUCCUCGACCCGUCCGCUUCUCUCGGAACAUUCGCCUUGAGCCACGCUGCGUCAGCCUCAGGCACGUCGACACCGAACUCCAUCCCGCACGUCACCUGGCUACGGAAGACCGAGUACAUCAGCCGAGACAGCAGCUACCGCCAGUCGCCACACGGCGAGCACAGGCCUGCGGCAGAGGCCCCCAUCGACGUCUCGCGCUCAGCACGGAUACGGGAUAUUGAAGCGUCAUUUGCCUCUGCCAGCGACGGCUUCGACCUCUCGAUGCUCAAGCACCCGAACAAACCGAACGUGACGGCCGUUGAUUCGUACGAGGUCUUGCCGGACGCGAACAUCUGGGCAAACGCGUACGACCUCUUUCGGUUCUCUGAACGGCCAGGGGACAAGCCCAGGCCCCCAGAUGAUGACGAUCCUCGCCUGGAUUGUGCCGUCUUGCGUCCCAUGGAGUCGGAAGGCGACCACUUCCUCGCGUACUAUCUCACGAAGGAGGAUGAGACUGCCGUUGAGUUCAAGCGAAUGCGUCUGGAGCGGCCGGUUAAUGGAGUACAAGAGGACGAGCCCACCACUUUCCACUUCAUCCGCGACUACGAGGUCGUCAAGGUCGAGCAGGAAGUACCCAACGAAUUUUUGCUCGUGCUCGACGACGGUGUCACCGACAUCAAGGACGUCAUCCCCGAAGGCGAAGUUAUGCCUUCGCAGCCACGAGCGAAGGGCGCAUACUACAAGAACAUUGAGCGGAAGAUGUUGCUCAAGAAAAAGCGCGUCAACUCGUACGACCAGGUCACGAAGAAGUGGCACAUGAUCAAGGUGCAGCACAUCAGGAUGGACGACGACGAGGCGAAAGAACGCGAAGAGGCAGAGGCAGAGGUCACGGACCCGAACUAUCUCCUCAACGCGAUGGACGCCGACGCCGAAGGCGAGGUUGCAGACGCGGAAGGUGAGGUGGAUACGGGCGAGCAUGAGAAUGCCGCGGGCGAAGAGCCGAUUGACCCGCUCGACAUUUUGGGAGACUAGUAUCUAGUGUGUUAUAUUAUUGAUGUACGUUGCUGUGCCAUCUCCCGAGCCCCGUCUGUUGCGCACUCAGCAUGGCGAGGAUAUGUGUCGGUGAAUGAGUGGUGACAUCUAUAUAAAACAAUG